CGUCGCGUUGGAAAAGGAGGCGAAGAUGAUCGAUUACCUUCACGAGUUCGUGAAGGCACGCGUUGCAGACACUCGCAAUGCUUGCGAGUUUGCCCGCACCACCGGCGAACAAAACUGGGAUCCCAAACGUGACAGUCGACGGAGAAACCUGGUAUUCGCUGUGCUCAAUGGGUACCACGGUGCACCCAGGGAGUCUGUCUCGCACUUCCUAAGAAGGUUGGAGCACGUUUACUUCACGCUGACCGAACCGCUCACUCUCGAAAACUACAAGUCACGGUUUGACGAGGAGGACCCUUUCGACGCUGACGACAUGGAGGAGCUGAGCGACUCCGAAACCUUCGAUUUCGAGUCCAUGCCACUUCCUUGGGUGGUUGGACAGGUUGGUGAUGAAGAGGAAGGUGGCCCUCGGAGAUAUAGGACGUCCCAUGCCGGUUUGAAGCGUGUGUUUCGGGGCGAACCAAUCGACGACCAAUCGUCUGAUGACGGGGAGGAAGAGAGAGACUAUGAUCACGAACCUUGUGACAGACUCCCUGUGGACCAUGACACCUGGCAGAAUGACAGACUCUACUUCUUCGGCAAGCAUCACCGGUUCACGUCAGAGGAUGUCUGGGGACACAACGUCGUCUGGCACCCGAGGAUAUUCCAACCUGCUGUGAGGAAUGGAAUAUGGUUCAUGGCAAUAAAGGAUGCCGAUGGCAAGUGGAGUGGACUGAAGAGACUGGGAGCGGAUGCAUUUAAGAGAAAGGCAAGAACUGCUCUGGUGGAGCAAUUGAGUCUCAUGAACCCCGAGAGGAACGAUCAGGACGUCGAUGCGUAUGCAGAACAAAAGCUACAUGAGUUGUACGCCAACAACAUUUUGGAGUUUCGAGCGCCUUUCUACGCACUCGAAACGGCACCGUCUCGCGGCAUUGACAGGCGCAUGUCGCAACCUCCGCCGGCCGGUCAGCAUCCGGUAGGGGGUGGUGGAGGAGAUGAAGGAGACGGCGGAGGUGGUGGAGGAGACGGCUCACAGUUUGCCGGAAAGGGGAUGGGCGAGACAUCGUCGGUUGAGAAGGCGUCCGGCGGAAAGGGGUCGGGCGGAAAGGGGUCGGGCGGGAAGGGGUCAGGCGGGAAGGGGUCGGGCGGAAGCGUAGAACGCCUGGGAGUCCCCAACUCGAGACGGCGGUCUCGCGACGUGCUGGAGGAGCCCGCUCCAGGAGUGUUGGAGACCGGGGGUAGCGAGAACGAACGUCACACUCCUGGGGAAGACGAGCGCUCUCCGGGAACGCGUGCUGUACAUCGGGAAGAGGAGACUCAACGCUGGCAGUCCCGCAAAGUGUUGGAGACCGGGGGUAGCGAGUGUGAACGUCAUGCUUCGGAGGGUGCGUCCGUGGACACUGACUGCGAGAGUGCAGGAGCUCCGGGGGAAACACAUGUUGUACAGCGAGGAGAGGAGACUCGACACGGGCCGGCUCGUGAAGACAUGAAGUGGCUCCACGCACGAGCGCUGGUGAUCGGGACGUCCGAAGAGGUUCUGCACAGUCGCUCGGUUGUGGCCACGACGCGAGAGGGUGUCGUUAAGGGAGGUAAGUGGACCUCCGUGCAAGCUCCCGUUCUUGGCGACGAUGAAGACGAAGAAGAACCCACGGUGGAAGCUCAGGUUCAUGGCGAUGAGAAAGGCGGUGAGGUGACUGUCGACAUCCGGACGGAUCCACAGCGGAAAAAUGGUGAUUCUUCGCCCACCCGUUGCGGUGAAGAACAGGGUGGUCGAGCGUCUGUCCUGAGCACCGCUCGAGGAAUGGUGCUUCAUGAAGUCAUACAGUUGGGUGACGACUCGACAGCCACCGAGCUGGUUAGCGACUCAGGCGUGGCCGAGAUGUAGAACGUCGAAUCCUCCGUGGAAGGCGGUGAGGUGGCCGUCAGCAUCAAGAUGGAUCCAGAGCG